AUGACUCUUAAGAAAGAUAAUGAACCUAAGAAAUCAUCCAAAAAGAAAGUACCAAUGGAUGCUAUAUCGAAUGAAAUAGCCAUAAUGAAAUCAUUUGGAUUAAUUCCUAUGUACAACCAAACAAUGCCUCAGAAUCGCAUUUUAUUCUACAUGAAAUACGUCAUCAAUUUAAUUGUGACAUUUUCGUUUAGCGUUUCAAUCUGGAUGAAUAUCAUCUUAAAUUUUGAAAACUCGGGAGAAGUAAUUGAAACUUUGUAUUUUGGCUUGACUGAAACUACAUUUGUUGCAAAAUUGAUCAAUAUUCACUUUCGUUAUAAAACAUAUCAAAACUUGGUUAAAUAUCUAUCAAAUCCGGUUUUUAAUCAAUACACAAGGGAGCAAGAAGCUUUCAUCAAGAAAGGAAUAACACUGGUGCAUAUUUUUGCACAUGCUUUUCGAGGAUGCGUGACAAUAACAAUCAUGUUCUUUAUUGUGUUCCCAUUUUUGGAUAAGUCUGAUAAUCUUCUCAUCAUUCCCAGUUGGUUUCCAUCAUCAGUCGAACGAUAUCAGUUCUUCUGUUAUUUGUUUCAACUUUGGGGAAUUAUUAUCAAUGGUUAUGUGCAUUCUAGUCAUGAUAGUAUGGUUGCAGGCUUGAUUAUGAUGGGAUCGGCGCAGUUUGAGAUUUUGAAGAAUAAUUUAAACAAUUUAAGAAAAGGUUUGAGAAUGCCUGCUAGUGAUAUAGAAAAAGAAAUGCAAGAAGAUUAUAUUUUGAAGAAAUUGCGGACAUAUGUACACCAUCAUGUUGUUACAAUCAAAUAUGCGUAUGAAAUUGAAAAUAUGUUUUCUUUUGUUCAGUUUGUCCAGUUCUUGGCAAGCAGCAUCAUCAUUUGUGUUACUGGUUUUCAGAUUAUUGUAACACCAUUCACAGAUAUGAAGUUUAUAACGUUAAUAUUGUAUUUUUCUUGUAAUUUGAUCCAGGUUUUGAUGUGUUGCUGGUUUGGACACGAUAUUAUGACUCAAAGUGAAGGCAUUGGUGAAGCAUGUUACAUGUCCGAUUGGUAUAAUUGUGGUAUAAGAGUUGGAAGAACAAUUUUUAUAAUUAUGGAAAGAUCUAAACGUCCAGUAACCUUGACAGCUGGAAAGUUUUUUGAUUUAACACUACAAACGUUGAUGCAGGUUUUGAAGACAUCAUACUCUUAUUUGGCACUAUUAAUGCGAAUGAAUGAAGUUGAAAGGCUAUGUGCAAUGCUUGCUAAUAGCACCACUAAGGGCACCGUUCUUGUCAGUAGAUUAGGCAAAUUUCUUGGGGCCACAACACGUUCAAUGUCCAACUACUUAAACCGCAAAGUUGAAGACAAUGUAGAGGAGCAACAAUUUGAAUUGCCUCUUGAUAAUGAUGAUGUGGCUUUUAUUCAGUAUGAGUUGACUGACCAGACCUACGAUCUAGUAGAGACUGUGGUUCCUAAAGAGUACUCUGGGCAAGGAUUGGGAAAAUUAUUAGCCCAGAAAACCUUUGAUCACAUUAUCAGUCAAAAUGGCAAGAUGAAGCUGACAUGUGAUUUUCUGGUACAUUUCUAUUCACAAAACAAAGAUCAAUAUAAAGAACAUAUUGUGUAA